AUGAUCAACAACGACGCGUUUAUCUAUUUCGUCACACACAAGUCGUGCAGCCAGCAGAUGCCGACGACGGCGCCGCGUCGUCGAUGGCAGAACCAGUUCGCUUUCGCCUUCCGACACUCCGCUACUCCAUCGCCACUUUCUCCUCGUCUCCGUUGUCCGCUCCGAUCGCUCCAUCUCGGCCUGGUCUCUUUUUUCCACUCCAAGCUCUACUUAUAUCUUCCAGGAAGUCAAAGCGAUUUGGGAAGAAUUGCCGAAUACUACUCAAUCUGA